UCUUUCCGCUAGAUACUAGCGCCGGCCACGGUGCAACCCAAUUUUUUUUUUCUGCUGUCCUAAAGCGAAGAGUCCCGGAAACCCAAACAGAGAGGCAUGAAAAUAAUAACCAAAUCACUUGUUGUCCUCACCAAUCUUUCUUCAACCAAACCAUUAAACCCCAUCAAGCCUUUUCCAUUAAUUAGGCCUCUAUCUUCCUCCAAUACUAAUGCUACCAUAAAAACAGCAAAACGAGAAUCUUCUUCACCAAAAUCCCAUAGAGACUCCCUCAUUCUCGAGAAGUUCCGACAAAGACUGCUCAAAGGUUCCCUGAAAAGCAGCUCGGAGUCCAAAACUAAACAAGAAAGGGAAGAUGGGGUUAGUUUUGAGAAUGAGAAGAACAAAAGUGGUGCUACGAAAUUUGUUUCCAGUUUCCAAGAACUGGGUUUGAAAGCUGAGAUUAUCGGAGCUUUGAGUGAGAUGGGAAUAUGGGUUCCUUCUGAAAUUCAGUGUGUUGGGAUCCCAGCUUUGUUGGAUGGGAAAAGCGUGGUCUUGAGUUCUGACACUGGAUCUGGAAGAACUCUGGCUUUCUUGUUACCUCUCAUUCAGCUUCUUAGACAAGACGAGGCAUUGCUAAGUGUGAAGCCAAAGCAUCCUCGAGCUAUUGUUUUGUGCUCCUCGGAGGAACUAUGCGACCAGAGUUUUCAAACAGCCAGAUUCAUCAGCCGUUAUGCUAAGUUGAAUUCUGCUUCAAAAUGUGGUUACGGCAAAUCGAGACUAUCCGAAAAUUUGGCACAUGACUCAAUUGGUAUGCUUGUUGCCACUCCUAGUGAAAUUAGUCAGUACAUUGAGGAGGGAAGUGUUGUUCUGGAGGACACCAAAUUCUUGGUAUUGGAUGAAAUGGAUGCUAUGUUUGAUCAUGGCUUUGGUUCCGAAAUUCACAAGAUACUCAAUUAAAGAAGUGUCGAUCAAAAGCCGAAGACUUUGGACUUCAAACUGUUUUAGUUACUUCAGCAAUAACAAAGAUGCUGGGAAAACAGUUAUCUCUUGUAAUGGAGCAUGUGGAACAGAAUAAUGCUGGAAAAGUGGCUGCAAUGUUGCUGGAGAUGGAUCAACGAGAGGUAUAUGAACUCACCAAGUCUUUGGAUGCUUUGAAGAUAAAAAUUGCUGAAACAAUGAAUUUUUGUCUUUCUUCUUGAUUAUUGACAAUGGUUAUAACCCUUUCCACGCUUUGGAGGGGAGCAAGCCUUUUCCGUGUAAGUUAUUCGAUAUUUAAUUGAUCUUAAGAGUUGCUACAGUUCUUGAAUCUU